UCAGAGCUGCUCAGAAGUUGAGCUUAGCGUCCAAAAAGAAGAAGCAGAAGACGGCUGCGCUCACAGCUACAGUGACAUCAUCGCCAUCAUGUGACCCACCCCUAUUUCCCACCAAUUUUAGCUCCACCCUGUUGAUGGCUCCUCCCCCAGCUCCACCUUGUCUCCUCCGUGCAGCAAACAAGAUCAAAGAUACUCCUGGACUUGGAAAGGUGAAAGUGAUGGUGAGAGUUUGCCCGGUGUCUCAGUCUGAUGCAGCCGAGUCCAGUUCCUUUCUCAAAGUGGAUCCCAGGAAGAAACAAAUCACCAUCAUGGACCCAUCAGCAAAUCAGACGCAAAGUGCUGCCUCUCAGAAAAGGGCCGGAGCCAAUCAGGUCCCACCAAAGAUGUUCACUUUUGAUGCAGCGUUCCCUCCUGAUGCAUCACAGGCGGAAGUGUGUGCAGGAACAGUUGCUGAGGUCAUUCAGUCGGUGGUGAACGGAGCAGAUGGCUGUGUCUUCUGCUUUGGACACUCUAAACUGGGUAAAUCUUACACGAUGAUCGGCCACGAUGACUCUCUUCAGACUCUGGGUAUAAUCCCCUGUGCCAUUUCCUGGUUGUUUAAGCUCAUCAAUGAGCGAAAAGAGAAAACUGGUGCACGCUUCUCCGUCCGCGUCUCUGCAGUUGAGGUUUGGGGAAAAGAGGAGAACCUUAAAGACUUGUUAUCUGAAGUGGCUACAGGCAGCUUACAGGAUGGGCAGUCACCUGGGGUCUACCUGUGUGAGGACCCCAUUUGUGGCAUGCAGCUACAGAACCAGUCUGAGCUCCGUGCUCCAACACCAGAAAAGGCAGCCUGGUUCCUGGAUGCAGCCAUAGCAGCUCGCCAUAGUAGCCAACGCUCCAACACCACUGAAGAAGAGCACAGGAAUUCACAUAUGCUCUUUACAUUACACAUAUAUCAGUAUCGCAUGGAAAAGACGGGAAAAGGAGGAAUGUCAGGAGGUCGCAGUCGCCUCCACCUGCUGGACCUGGGCAGCUGUGAUGUUAAAGUACUCGGAGGAGGAGGAGGUGGGAAAAGCAGGGAGAACUCUUCACCCAGCUCGGCUCCUCUGUGCCUUUCGCUGUCUGCACUCGGCAAUGUGAUUCUGGCCCUGGUCAAUGGAAGCAAACACAUCCCAUAUAAGGACAGCAAGCUGACCAUGUUGCUAAGGGAGUCGCUAGGCAACAUGAACUGCCGGACCACCAUGAUUGCUCACAUCUCUGCCUCACCUAGAGAUUUCUCAGAAACCCUCUCCACUAUUCAGAUUGCUUCCCGGGUGCUCCGCAUGAAAAAGAAGAAAACUAAAGUCACAGUGCAAUACACAUCCAGCUCCUCUGGGGGAGAAAGCUCCUGCGAGGAGGGUCGCAUGCGUCGUCCGACCCACCUGCGACCUUUCCAUCACCGUGGUGACCCUGACUCUGACCUUCCGCUGCUGCGACUCUCCAGUGACCCUGACGAAUACUCCAGCAGCGAGCAGUCAUGCGACACAGUCAUCUACGUGGGUCCGAAUGGAGCAGCUGUGUCAGACAGAGAGCUAACGGACAAUGAGGGACCCCCAGAAUUUGUACCAAUUAUUCCUGCGUUGCUUCGAGGUAAAACUUCAGAGCAAAGCCAAAAUCAGGCAGCAGGGGCACAGAACAAGGUGCAGUCUCAGCCAGACGAGCAGCCCAGUGGCCCCUCACAACCUUUGUCUCAAGCCUCUCAGUCUCUACUUGGUCAGCCGCUGGCUCCUGUCCCAGAGGAAGGAGCUGAAUGCCUGAAGUGCAACACCUUUGCUGAGCUGCAGGAGAGAUUGGACUGCAUCGAUGGCAGCGAGGAGGUGGCAAAGUUUCCCUUUGAAGAGGCUCCAGCUAUCAAACAAGGGGUCAAACAAGAGGCAUGUCCAUCUUCAUCUGUUCCAGCUGCUGCUCCUGCUCCAGCCCCUCCAGCUGUGUUGGAUACAGAAGCCAAAACAGAACCUGCGUGUGAUGUAGGAGGUGCUGUGCAGGUGUCCAGGAGGAGGACCAAUGACCAGCAGCUGCAGGAGAUCAAGGAGGUGGUGGAGGAGGCUGAGCUGGCCCAGACAAUGAUCCACAGCUUGACUCAGAGUUCUGGCUGCCCAACAGUUACGAGUACCAGAAGCAUUACAGGAAGCAGCAGCAUCACCUCUAACCCACUGCACAGAGCCAAGAACUCCCACCUACAUGACAGUCGUGAGAAUCUGAAUGUGGCGGGCGGCAAUUGUGAGGGGAAGUCACGACCUCUAGGAUCACCACGUCUUGGAAUUGCCAGCCUGACCAAAACCUCAGAGUACAGGCCUCCAUCAUCCCCAUCCCAGCGGUGCAAAGUGUAUACCCAAAAGGGUGUCAUUCCAGCAAUGCAGCCUGUAUCCUCAAACACUCAGGAAGGCCAGGCCCCGGAUGCUUUGACGUCAGACAACAGUUUGGCUGCAGACAGUGGUCGUUCCUCCACAGAGUCCCUGCUGUCCAGGAGUUCUCCUGCAGGGAUGAGCCCACAAGUCCGUGAGCCAACUCCAUCGUUAUCUGCCAGCCUGGGCUCAGCUGAGACGCUCUGCGAUGAUGAUGUACCACCAAUACCGUUGGAUAGCAAGGAUGGAGUCUCAGGUUCAGCAGCAUCUGCAGUAACACUUGGACCUCUUGUACUUGGGGAUGAUGAACUGGUGUACACUGUGGUUACUGGAGAUGGAGUUGUGGAGGAUCACAUGCUUGUAGGUCCUCCAGCAUCUUCGGGGGUUUCAGAUGUUGUUGCCAUGGCAGAGGUGGCAAUGGCCAAGCUGCGGACAGAAGGUGAAUCCUUAGCCACAGGAAUGUCAAACUGUGGUUCACCCAACUCUUCCUGGGUGAGUGAUCUGAGCGCGGGCAGCGAAGCUGAUCAGUCUCUUCAUAGCUUCAGCCAGUCCCAGAGCCAGCAAGGGGAGGCACUGGCUGAUCCUGAUCCCAACUUUGGAAUCGAGACGCUGGAUGGUUAUGAAAAUGGUGGUACCCCAAGAAGAGGGAGUCUGGAAGGAGAAAUGGUUCUGUCAGAGAACCAGAGUGAUAAGGGUACUCCAACUAAAGAAAGGCUGAGAAAACUGCCUCCUUCCAUGGCUAAAACUAACAUCCAAAUUCUGGCAGGACCUGGCAACACGUCUCCUUUCAAGACCAACAUCCUUGUUCACCCAUGUGCAGCUGUCAAACCCAUGGUUGUCCAGGAAGCCACCAUCCUCUCCUCACCUACAAAGGCCAACUUUAUGAAAGAUCCAGUCAAAUCCAGUGCAGCAUUUAUAGCAUCUAUUUCAAGUGAGAUGAGCUUUGAAGACCCCUGGCUGAAACGUGGUACAGAAGAAGGAAAGUCCAAGGAACUAGUGUGUGAAAGGAAACUGGAGAAGAGGGAGGCAGAGCAUUCGAAGGGCCACUCAAUAGAUAAGGCAAAUGGUGGGGGUGGUGAUCGUGGCAGUUCAAGUUCAGGUGGUGAGGUGGUGUCAUCGCCAGACUCUUUUAAGCGAGUGGUGGAUGGUUGUGAGAUGGUGGCUGUUGUUGCCCAAGGUGAAUGCUUGACUAGUAUUUAUAACCCAGAUAUCCACCGUACCGCUAGUCUACCACGCGGAUGGCACCGUGUCAACCGCCAUGAUGGCUUAGACAUUGGAAGCGAGUACCGUAAUCUUGGAGUCACCACUUCAACUCCUUGUAGUCCCCGUGCCACACUUGAUCGCUGGGGAUCCAAUGGAAAGCAGGGCUUUUUCUCUCAUAAAAAAGGGGGAAUCCCACCGCUGCCGCCUGUACGAAAGUCCAGUCUAGACCAGCGGAACAGGGCAGCCAGCCCUCUCCAGCAAACCACACAUGGAGUCUCAUCGCAGGGGAACUCGGCAGAUGAUGCAGGGGUAUCUGGCUGUGGCCCUGCAGGAGUAACUCGACAGCGAGGCUCCAGCAUAGACAGUAGUAGGCUUUUCAGUGCCAAGUUGGAGCAGCUUGCCAACAGAACCAACUCUCUGGGCCGAGUCCACAGCUCACACAGUGGUUCCCAUCAUUAUGACUGCUUUUCCUUGGAGAGAGGUGAGAGUCUUAGAGGGGGAGGGGGAGUGAAGGGAGACAGCACCAUGCCUCGCACUGGACGCAGCCUCAACCGUGCUGGAUCACUAUCUUCUUCUUCUGGAAACACCAGCAGCCUUUUUAGCGGCAGUACCAGUCCAAACAGCGCUCCACAGUCACCAGCUAAGACCAGCAGCCAGUCAAAGAUAUCAGCAGUUAGUAAGCUGCUGAUGACCAGCAGUCCCAAGGCCAGGAGUCUGUCUGCCUCCAGCACCAAGACUCUGAGCUUCUCUACUAAGUCUUUAAGCCAAAGCUCCAGCCGGAGCUCCAGCCUUCCUCCUAAUGGAAAGCCCCAGAGUUCAGUCCCGGCCCCUGUGCAGCAGCAGGGACCUGCCCCUGGGUCCUGGUCUACCCAGUCUCUGAGUCGAAGUCGAGGGGGAAGUCUGGCUGCUAAGCUUCCUCUCCGAGCUGUCAACGGUCGAAUCUCAGAGCUACUCCAGGGGAGUGCUGGCUCCCGUUCCAGGAGUCAUGUUCAGGGAGGAGGCACAGAUCCAACAGAGGAAAGAGGGACGAGUGGAGGAGGAGGUGGAGGAGGAGGUGGAGCAGGAGGCGGUGGGGGAGAUAGCCUGGGAGAGGAGAGGGCAGCAGUGGUACAAACACUGCCUUCUCCCUACAGCAAGAUUACAGCUCCCAGAAAACCACACCGCUGCAGUAGCGGCCAUGCUAGUGACAACAGCAGUGUGUUGAGUGGUGAGCUCCCUCCGGCAAUGGGGAAGACGGCUUUGUUUUACCACAGUGGAGGCAGCAGUGGGUAUGAGAGCAUGCUGAGAGACAGCAGUGAGAACACAGGAAGUACCUCCUCUGCUCAGGACUCCCUCAGUGAGCACAGCUCAGCCACCACCUCCUCCCGACGGAGCUCCAGAAGCAGCAAGAAGAGCAGGAGCAACACAGGUCUCCAGCGUCGACGUCUGAUCCCAGCACUAACCUUGGACUCCUCUUCAUCAUCGCCUUCUCACCGUUCCUCCAAACAAGCCAUCACGUCCUCUUCUUCCUCCUCCUCCAGCCCUGGUGCAUGCUGGGUCGACGGGCCACUUGGGCCACCUGCACCCUCAAACCUCCGGGCAGUGACCGCAACAACAGAAACCUUUGAGAUCAAGGUGUACGAGAUAGAUGAUGUUGAACGGCUGCAGAAAAGGAAGGACAAAGGAGGGAGCAAGGAGGUGGUGUAUGUCAGUGCCAAGCUUCGUCUGUUGGAGCACCGCCAGCAGCGAAUCAGUGAAGUCAGAGCCAAGUACCAGUGUCUCAAGAAAGAACUGGAACAAACCAAACAGUACUUGAUGCUGGAGCCACACAAGUGGACCACUGAGUUUGAGCUGCAGCAGGCCUAUGAAGUGGACUCAUUGGAGUAUUUGGAGGCUCUGGAAACAGUGACAGACAAACUGGAGACCAGAGUCAACUUCUGCAAAGCCCAUCUUAUGAUGAUCACCUGCUUUGAUGUGUCCUCAAGGCAUCAGUAGACAGAUGGAGGCGGAGAAGUGGCCUCGACGAUGUCAAUGUCUAGACCAUUCCCCUGACUAAUCAAACACAUUUAGAAAAUCUUUAACUGCAGCUCGACAGUUGGAAGGAUGAACACAGGAAUAGACCGACCGCAUGAUCCUGCAUAUUAUUCCAGCGUCUUGUCCAGAUGUGAGUAAGCAGAAGGCCAGGUGGCCGGAAAAAUCAAAAGAAGAUUUACGGAGAAAAAUUAACAGAAAAACAGAGACAAGAUUUGUAGAUUUGUUUGCUGGGUCUUGGAAACAACCUCAGAAACUAUCUAAUGGACGGGCUACUUUCAAUCAGAGAAAAUAUGGCUGCCCAAAUAAUGUAUGAGAGUCUAAAAAGACAUGUCAAACCAAGUAACCAGAGAACAAAAUAAUUGGACCGCAGUGACACACAGUGAGUCAAACUUUGAAAGAAUGUACCGAGAGCAAAAAAAAGGCUAUAGCUGAACAAAAACUGCCAUUUUUUAAGAAGGAGAAAGCUGAAGUUGAAGUGCAAGAGAAGAAUAAUUUCACAUCUAACACAUUUUGGAAGAACAUUUUUUACAUGGUUAAAAGCCUUUGGCUGUAAAUACGGAGUGCUGACUACAGAGUGGCCUGGUAUUGUUGUGCAGCGACUAAAAGAGACUAACCGAGAGAGAAUGACAAGAGGACGAAGGAAAAGAUUUAGAAGUGCCUUGUGAACAUUUCAACAAUACCAAGACCAAGUCUCCUUCUCUCUAAAUUUGUGUACAAGUAAGUAUGGUGCUAGUAUAGAAACAUCCAGAAAAGAUCAGUGUCCUUGGAAGCAGUUUUCAUUUUCUUUUCUAAAUGUGAUGUUUUACUGUGGGUCAGUGUUUCACUAUAUGAUAAACAAACUAAUAAUGUGUGUUUCAAUGUAUGGUCUUUGGUACAUUGAUUAGAGAUCAGAGAAACAACGUUAAAGUGGACCUGUUAUGCUCUUUAUUUUUACUCUCGGACUCCACAGGAGCCGCUUUGCAUGAGUAACAGAUCAAAAUAAUCCUUAUUUAUUUUAUACUGGGCCUCAGUGAAGUGCUCUCAGUUGAUCCUCUGUGAAACACCAUUUUAGUUCUUCGUGCUUAUUCCCAACAGGAAAAGCAUAAAAGGUCCCCUUUAAAGGAAAACUACAGAUUAACUUAAUUAAACUUGGAAGGACCAAAAACCUAAAGUUAAAAGCAUUAAACAUUUUUCCAGGACACAAAGUUAUGUGUGUUUAAACAAAAACACUGAAUCUGGUAUCCUGUGGUGUCGUUUUUACUUUGGCUUUACUCACAAACGGAGCACAUGUGACUCUUGGCCCUCCGGGGCAUUCAUACACGAUGUUUCCCUCGAUAGAGAUUUUUAAUGUUCACAAAGCUAUGAAAUGUCAGAAGGUAGUAGAGGUGAAAACACUUCUCUCUGAUCUGGUGUUAAAUACAACCAACGACUGACUCCCUGCCUCCCUGCCUGACUCACAGGCAGUCUGUCUGUUAUUCGUAUCUGUGUUGUUCUGCUCUAUUCUAAAAGAAACUGAAUGAUUUGUCAUUGUGUGUGUUUUAUAAUAAGGUAUCCUUUUUUUAUUUGAGUGCAAUGGGACCAUGUAGAGACUAUGUACGAUAGUAGCAUUGAGCAGGAUAAUCGAAAUCUGAAGACAUAUUUAUAGAUAAAUUGUGAGGGACACGCAGGUGCGUCAAUAUACUGUGUUUAACAUUUAAUUCUAAUGAAACAAGGUAGUAGAUUUAAUCAAUAUUUUGGGACUACAGCUAUAGGGUGUUUAAACACUUUUAAUAUCCCCUAUAUUGUAAAGGACAAUUAAAUUAUAUAAAAAAAAUUAAAGGAACCUAAUUAAAAAGGGAGGAGACGAGCUUAAGACAUAGAUCUCUGCCUGGUUCCACUUUUUGGAUGGAUAGCAACUCCUAAGAUUUGUUAGUAUUAUUAUCUAUGGUGCUUGAGAUACUUAUGAUCUAAAUGUUUGUACAAAUAUAAAUAUACGAAAGAGUCCAUUUCCCCCUGAAACACAAAACAACGCCUUUCAAAUGCUUCUUCUACAUCACUGUCAUCGUGUCUUUUGUUGUCGAGCAGAGAGCAUUAUGGGAGAGCGACAUGAGAGCAGUGGAAAUGAUGUCACCGUAUUGGUGUAAUUUGUCUAAAGCGUUGUAGUGCUGAUUUUUUUCUCCACUAAGAGCAAAAACCCAGAACGUGCUGUCGCUGAAACAGAAAAUACAGUUAAUUCAGUGAAGUUUGUAUCUUCACGUGGAUCUGAAUCAGCUAAUGAUUUCAUGCAGUGCACACUGGCGGGGAUAGCCAAGAGAUAAUCUAGUGAGAAAUUACCCCUGAGAGCAAGACGCUUUUGACAAACUUGAGAGGCUUUUUUUGUUUUUUAACAGCAUCUCUGAUCAUUUCCUGUUUUUAUCCCCGUGUUCAUUGUGCAAGUCAUGAAUGAAAGUUUAUUUAUUUGAGUUGCUACUUAAUGUUCUUAUUUAUGUACACCUCAUGAUCUUACAAAGUUACUAUGCAUUGAUGAAAAAGAAAAAUAACUGUACAUACUUUGCUGAGCCCAUGUCAUAUAUAAAUAUAUAUACUGUGCACAUAGCAUAUAUGCCAUCAUUUUUAUUUUAGAUAUUUUUUUUGUUGUUGGUUUCAUUUGCUCCUGUUGUUCCUCUUGAGGAUUUCAAUGGGUUUGGUUCCCCAAACAUUCACAUGCAGAACAGGGAUGCUAGUUGAUUACAUGCAAAUCAGAAGCCUUCCAGUAUGAAGGCAGCUGUGUUGCUGUAAGAGAAACGUCUGUGUCUUAUGAACUGCAGCCCUGUGUAAUUAGCAGCGAGUGUUUUGGGAAAUCUAACCUCUAAAUGAGCUAAUGGCUUCUAUUGAACUAUCCUUUUUAAGAUGCUAUGUGGGAGGUUUCUUCCUUGAUAUGUUACUGCCAAAUCUAAUGGGAUAUCCCUUUAUUAUUGUAGUAAUAAUCAAAAAUUGCUAGAAACUAUUACAGCUAAAAGAAUAGCGGGGUGUUUUAAAUCAAGUUAUUCACAGAUUUCCAUCUGCAAAGUCACUCUGUAAGGCACGACAUAAGUUUCACAUGAUCUAUGGAAUAAACUGACAAAUAUGCUGUGCUGGUGCAUAUUUUGUAGACACAUUUAAGAAUUAUAAUGUGAUAUCUGUAAAUCACACACAAGGCAUCUUAGGGAGCAUUGUGUGUUAAAGUCCGGGUCAGACCACAUUUACCAAAAACAGAUGUUAUCAUUAGCAUUAGGAGUCAACUUCUGUGUUGCUCAGUUGUAAGACACAGGGUCAGUUGUUUGAAGAUCUCUGGAUAACUAAAAAAAAAAAAAAAAAAAUCACUUUUCUGUUCCAGUCUCUUGAUAAAAAUGCCAGUUGUGAGACAUAUUCAUGCUAAAUACCCUCAGUAAUUCUAUUUAAAACAACACGUUAUCAGUGUAAAUGCGGAACAAGUGGUGCACAGGAGUCUCGCUGUGCUCAUAUUGUCCACUGCAGAUUUACCGUUUUUGUGAAAUCUGGUCUGACAUAUGGUAAAGACGGAAGAAAAAGAUGGAGGGAUGUAAAUAAAGGAAUGUAUUA